AUGGACAUCAACGGAUAUGCUCUCGUUACCGGUGCAGGCAGCGGAAUAGGUCGGGCCUGCGCACUGGCUUUUGCUCUUGAAGGAGCCGCUGGCGUUGUGUUUGCCGAUUUGAACUCGGAGAGCGCCCAUGCAGCAGCCGAAGAAAGCAAGAAGCUAGCAACAAACGCUGAAUACCGAGCUUUAGUGUUGAUCCUCGACGUGACCAAUGAGGAGCAGGUGGAAUCAGUUGUGGCAAAGACGAAGCAGUCGUUUGGAAGAAUCGAUUACAUGGUGAAUUCGGCCGGAAUUGGUGUACAAGCCGCAGCGGAGAUCGCAGAAGCGUCUCUAGCGGAAUUUACCCGCUUCCUCGACGUGAAUGUCAAAGGAUCCUUCCUCCUCACCAAGAUCGUAUCUAGCGCAAUGAAAGAGCAAGAGGCGAAGGCUGUCAGCUCUACAAAUGCCCAAAGGGGUUUUAUUCGUGGUGUUAUUCUUAACAUGGCCUCCUGUUCAUCAUUUGUAGCGACGCCUUUGUUGACGCAGUAUACCACAUCUAAGCAUGCUGUUCUUGGAUUGACCCGAAAUGCCGCAUUGGAUAACGCGAAGUACAACAUCCGUGUCAACUGUCUGUGUCCGUCGUGGGUUGAUACCCCUAUGGUGGAUCGCGCGGUGCAGGGGAAUCCAGAACUGAAAGUACUGAUUGCAAAGGCCGUGCCAAUGGGGAGAAUUGCACAGGUGGACGAGAUAACCGAUUUGAUUAUGUUUCUAUGCAGUCCCAGAGCAAGUUAUGUCACGGGUAGUAGUUGGAUUGUUGAUGGAGGGACUACUCUGACAAGUCAUGCCUGA